AUGGCUACUGGGAAGGGAGUUCUGCAGAGCCCUUCAGCUGAAAACAGAUGGCGGCUUAGUGAAUCUGAGCAGGGCUGGGGCCGGAAGCCGGUGCUACUGGAGAAAACGAACCGCCUGGGCUCUGAGACUGCCCUGGGCAGCAGUGGCCAGGAUGAGGCCUGUGCCGAGAUGGUACUGUCAGUGGCCCCAGGCAAGCUCAGGCUGGGAAAGCUGAUGCCCCGGAAAACUUGGUGGGAACAGGGACAGAGCGCCUUCACAGAGGUGCCUCGGCUCAAGAAGAGGCUCGGGGGUGGGCAGGCCCAGGACAGGGGGCACAGUGGCCCUGCAGGCCAGCCUGGCCCCCAGCAGCUGACCCUCGAUAUCCCCAGGGACCUAACUGGCAGCACUUGUGUCUCUGUGUGGCCCAGUGGAGCCCGCAGGGAGCAGAGAAGUGCCUUCAGCAAGCCAACCAGGGGUCCAGCAGGGAGACUGGGACCAGCCUGUGUCUUUCAGGCGGGUGAACCUGCAGACGCCCUGGGAGAGCUGCUGGGACUCAUCAACACGGUUGAUGUCACUUGCUGGGGUCGACUUUCCAACUCCAAGCUUUUGGGUGAUUUCUGGAACCUGCAAACGGUGCCACCAAAUGCUCCUCUUUGCGGCACUUUCCUGGGCGGCCCCACGCUGUGGCUCAAGCAUACCACGGUCCAGAUCCCCACGCCCCCAUCCUCCUCCUCCACCAACUCUUGGGCCCUGCUGCCCCCUACACUCACCUCCCUGGGCCUGUCCACCCAGAACUGGUGCGCCAAGUGCAACCUGUCCUUCCGCCUGACCUCCGACCUGGUCUUUCACAUGAGAUCUCACCACAAAAGGGAGCGUGCGGGACCCGAUCUGCAUUCUAAGAGACUGAGAGCAGAGGCCCUCACAUGCCCCAUUUGCCACGAGUACUUCCGCGAGCGCCACCACCUCUCCCGGCACAUGACUUCGCACAGUUAA